UCUAGUUUCGGUGCCGCCCCCUUUCUGCGCGGGGCCCUCGGCGCGUGACGCAACGUUGCCAACAACGAGCGCUUUCUGCGCAGACGCACUUGAAGGGGAACCGGAGAAACCACCGGACUGCUCUCUCUCCCGUGGGUUUAUUAUUCUACGGGGUUCGACUCCGACAAUGAUUCCCGAGGAAAGCUUCGUGUCCAUCGAGAACAGGAUGCAGUCUGUCGGUCUGGCUCUGGAGGAGCUGCUGGUGACGGCUCAGAAACAAGACUGCCUGACCGUUGGCAUUUAUGAAUCGGCUAAACUUCUUAACGCGGACCCGGACGGCGUGGUCCUGUGUGUGCUGGCUGCCGACGACGUGGCCGACGUGGACGACGUGGCGCUGCAGAUCCACUUCACCCUGCUGCAGUCCUUCUGCUGGGACAGCGGCAUCACCAUCCUGCGAGUCUCGGGCCUGCGGCGGCUCCGGCGGCUGCUGGGUGCCGUGGAUGCCAACAGAAACCAGGACGAGCACGGAGACCUCCACUGCAUGCUGGUUACGAACCCCCAGGCCGACCACUGCAGGCUACAGGAGGUGGGGACCUACUGCCUGGAGAGUCGACGCCUCGACCAGUGGGUGCCUGAACUGGUUCUGCAAGAACGCUGAAGGGUCUAUAGGACCCACAAAUGUACCCCAACGAAGACCACGGGAGCUCAUUGGGUUCAGAUGCUGAUGAACUGAAGGAUCCGUUGUUGCUCAUGCACGGAUGGUCUGGAGUAGACUGGGAUGGGCUGUCCUGACUGAUGAGCAGUACCCCAAAAACUUUCCUUUAAGCAACUAUAAACAGCCAGAGAGGAGGCCGGUUUCCCAAAAUCUGCUCGGUGCAGAAGAUGCAAACAGGAAAAAGCAGAUUCACAUUGUUGUUACAUUAGUCAGUAAAAGUAAAUCAAAGCUUCUAAUUUGUGCUUCUCACAAUGUUUGUGACGAUUAAUAACUGGAGAAGCAGGAUCGGAAGCAACGUGUCCACACCCCGACUUCUACCUGGAAGACCUGAGUGUUUGUGAGGACAGGAAUGCUGUAAUGAAAACUAUUAUGGCCAGCAUUCCUGUGCAUUCUGACGUGGGAGAGUCUGUGUGCGUAUGUGUGUGUGUGCGUGCGUGUGUGCUUGUACGAUACGUGUCUUUCUUUAGAAAAGACCGGGCAGCAUGUGCGUUCUUGAAAUGAGCAGCUGAGCCUGCAGGCGUAGGAAUCGUCGCCAUGGAAACCAAAAUUGAAAUGAUGUUGAAGUUAAAAAAAAAAGGUCACCCACAGGAUUUAUUGACAUUUCAGGACCACAACAAGUCAGUGCAUGAUGCAUUUUUUAUUUUUUUUAUUUAAAAUGGGCAGAAUAAUGAACUCGUGUCUGAACUCAUAUCUGCUGUAAAUUGUCAUUUUGCUGCAAAAGAAACCAUAGUCAAUAUUUCUGUGUAUUUAGUUAUUUUUAAAACAAUAUGAACAGCGCUACGUUAGUAAUUUAUUGAUUGUAUCUCAUUGUGUGUUUUGGUUAUUUAAUGCUGUGCUCUGUUUAUCAAUAAAUUAUUGUAUUCAUAA